AUGCACCUUCUAACCACAAGGUGUGGUGCGGUUGACAAACUGCCACCUCCAGCUGGAGAGCUACAUAGUGCCUCAAUGGGUUGGAAGCACUUUGUGGCUAGGGGCAAGCUGAACCUCGAGCGGGGAUUAAUCCCACCCUUCGAGUGUGGGGACAUCUCGUGGUAUUUUCCAAAACUAUAA